GCCACUGGGAGGAACUCAAUACCCGGAACGACCUUUGCGGGCCGGGGCGGUCGUAGCCCGGAGCCUAUGUCUCCGCCCACCAUCAGGGUGGGCUCCGCCCCCAUUCCGCCAUCCAGGCCGUCAGGUGAUCUCCUGCCCGCGUGGUCACGUGGACAGGGCGGGCGCGCCCGAGCUGGCCAUGGCGGCCGCAGUGUCCGGUGUGGUGAGGCGGGUGGAAGAGCUCGGGGACCUGGCUCAGGCUCACAUACAGCACCUUAGCGAAGCCGCGGGGGAAGACGAUCACUUUUUAAUUCGGGCCUCUGCAGCUCUAGAAAAAUUGAAACUUUUAUGUGGAGAAGAGGAGGAAUGUUCAAAUCCAUCAAAUCUUUUGGAACUAUACACACAGCUGUGUGAUUUGCUUGGGGAUGAGCUACUGGAGUGCCUCUCUUGGAGACGAGGGGCCCUGCUGUAUAUGUAUUGCCAUUCUCUGACUAAGAGAAGGGAGUGGCUCCUGCGAAAAUCUAAUUUGCUUCAAAAGUACCUGGUUGAUGGGAUCAAUUACUUGCUACAGAUGCUAAAUUAUCGAUGCCCUGUCCAGUUAAAUGAAGGUGUUUCUUUCCAAGACCUAGACACAGCUAAAUUACUGAGUACAGGAAUAUUUAGUGAUAUUCAUGUGCUGGCUAUGAUGUACAGUGGAGAAAUGUGCUACUGGGGAGUAAAGCACUGCACAGAUCACCAGUCAGGAAACCAUGAAGUUGACACCGAUGUCUUUGGAACAAGCUGCACCACACACAGAGAACCCUUGGAUUUUCGAGAAGUAGGAGAAAAGAUUUUGAAGAAAUAUGUGUCGGUGUGUGAAGGACCUCUGAAGGAGCAGGAGUGGAACACCACCAACGCGAAGCAGAUCUUAGGCUUCUUCCAGCAGCGCUGUAGCUAGGCCUUCAUGUAGGUCUCAGCUGGAAAGAAGCAAAGAUUGCUGAAGUGGAAAAGAUGGUUCCGAAAACAGAGAUGUACUACACUGAUCUUGAGACUGUUACACUACAUAAAGAUGCCCAGUGUGACUACGCUUCUCUAAUGCUGUCACCUUUCCCUCUGUAGUCUUGGGUCUGUGAAGAAAGUAUUCUCUAAUUUCUGAAAUGGCAUAUGUGCCAUUCGAACUGAACCUGAACUACAUGUAAACCUGCCACUGGUAAGGAGGAACCCAAUGUAGACGGACAGUUGUUUUCUAAUAUUUUAUGUUAUAUUUUUUAUUGUACUAAAAUAUAUGUAACACAGAAUCUCCUUAUUUUGAAGUAUGCAUACUUCAAAGAUGAAAAUCAGUUUUUCUCCUUGUGUCAAAUAUAUGGUAUAGAUAUCAAUGUAGGCAAUUGGAAGAUUAUGACUAAUAAUUAGAUUUCAUUUCCAGUAAUCUAAACAUCAAAAUAUUUUAAAAAUGAAUCUUAUUUAUUUUGCUAUGCAUUAGUAAUAAUACUUAAAUUAUUUACUUAUCCAUUUUAUAAAUUAUUUUAUUUUGCUUAAAAUAAAAACUACAUGGUUUCUCCAAUAAUGAAGGUAAAAGUCAGAGUAGAGGAGUCUCCCAUUAGUUCAGAUGCUUUUAGGGCACACCUUUGCAUAUAAUGAACUUUACAUAUGUUUUGCCUUUCACUAGGAUGGAAAUGCUAAAGGCCAAAGAGCCUAGUUUGCUGUCUUGCUCACUGUUUUUCUGCCUACCUCAAAUCCUGUUGUCUUGCGAUGGUCUGUAUGAUACGUUCCGAUGCACUAGGCUUUUGUCCCAGUGGCAUCUUCACAUUCCCGUCAUUUCUGUAACUGCACCUAAGCAGGAACCACACUCAGUUUCUCUUUCUGAAGUCUUAAAUAUUAGUAAAUGAUGACAAUUCUCAUCUUUCCAGCUUUCAAAAUUUCCUUGAUUUUAUUGGUUUUUCUCUGCAGCUUUCAACCUCUUCACAGGCUUCUUUCCAGUGCUCUAACCUUGAACAGUGAACCUCUUUCAUGCCUUUUUUGCCCUACCCUUCAUGGGGCAUCACCUGAAUACUGUCCUCCCUUGUUUCCUCUUCUGUCUUACCUGUUGGAGUCAUCGUUGGCAGGCUCUCACACUGUAUUAUCUUGUCAGCCAUUCCUUCUUAGGAGACUGAGUUUUAUGGAAGGCAUGCAGUCCUUCAAAGUAUAUUGCUACACAUGUGACUUCCUGUAAACCCUAACUGCAAGCUACUAAGGUGCCUCCCCCUCCCACUAUGGUAGAGUCAAAGUUCAUUGGUCACUUCUACCCUUUUUCUUUCACAGGAAGUUUAGAUUCUGAGAGAAUCAACUCAUUUAUGCACUUUUCUGUUUUAAAGGAGAAGAGGUUGCCAGCUUUCUGCUGAAGACUGAUCUUUGUUAUUUCCUUUGUUUCUCCUGUAGUUUCUCAGUUUCUGCCUGUCCUUAUAAAAAUUUUGUUCUCUUCUUUCUCUCUCUUUUUCUUUACUCUAAAUACUCAUGUUAAGCAGUAUUUUUCACAGCCAUCAUGGCUUUUGUCAGGCUGAUUUCUGGGAACUGGAAUCCCAGUCUCCUUGCUCUCUGAAUUUUAUUUUUAACUCCCUAUUAAAUGUCUCCACUUUGACAAAUACUAACUGCAUGGUCUUUUUAAGUUCAAUAUGAGCAAAUAACAAAUUUUCAUCUCUUAUGGAAAUCUUCUCUGCUUCAUUUCCCUCCUGUUUUGUAUGUUUUCCCAAAUAGCAAAUAGAAGGUCCACUUCCCAUCCUUAAUUCUGCAUACACUCUUAUUUGUGUUCUAGACCAACAGUUUUCAGACAUCAAAAUCCCAGGCUUCUUUUUUAUAAAAUUCUGAGUAAGCAGUGGAAGCCAAGGGAUAUCCCUCAGUCCCUGCCACAACUCUUGGCCUGUCUUUUUACAACCAAGAUUUUUAUGUAACCUAGCAUUUUAGCAAGUUUUACUAGGAAAAUAUCGUAGCUUUCUAAAUCUUCAAUGUGAAUUUUAGAAGCACAGAUUUCUUUACUGAAUCCUGAUCAAUCAUCAUAAUCAAUCAAAUGCUUCCACUACCUUCCCAAGCACUUACGUUUUACAGCCUUAGUACUGUUAUAGACGUCACUAUUGCUGGGCCCUUCUCUGUGGCCAGAUAAGUACUUUACUGGUGUGACUACCAUUAGUAAUACUGUGUCUAAAGGCUUUUUUCAACCCUUUCCAGUAGAAGUUAGAUGUUUCUUUAAUUUCUCUCUUCCUUUCCCAUGUCACCACAGUACAAAGUAUUGUAAUUAUUUUUUUUUACUACUGGAUGAACUUCAUAUCUUAAAAUUUUAUCUUUGCAUUCACUGUUAAUUGUAUGGUAGGUAGUAAUGUUUUUUUGAAUUAAUGAGGCAUGAUUUGAAAUGCCAAACUUUGCACAAAAGGGUUGCUGCUAUUGCAUUCCAAACUGCCAUGCUCUCUAUACCACUGGUUGAUACAGCAAAAGGGAGUAUGUCUUCCUCGGAGGAGUAAAGUGUUAAUUGAACACUAAACCUGAGAAAAUGAGACUUUGUCUUCAGAAGCUGAGAACUUCCAUUUUUGCCUUUAUGACCUUUGUGUGCUCACUGGUUGGUAUAAUUAUGAGGGUAUUUCUGGGUGCUUUUUGUACAAUUUACUCCCCUUCCCCAAACAAUUGAAGAACAAUUUGUAGACCAUAAUAGUUGUAGCACUUUCUAUGGUGGUGUUAUAAAAGGAAAAUGCAUCUUUUUUUAUUAAUUUAAUCUUGAUGAGUAAAUUGUUUUAUUUAGAAUGAAGUAAUCUCAAAAUAACAAAUACUCCACAUAAGAACAGUAAUAAGCUAUAAUAGAUUCUUUCAACAGCUAAUGUUUGCCUACAACAUGUUGUAUUCUGUCCUAGGCACUGAGGGUAUAGCUGUGUAAGCACCCCCCCCCCCCCCGUUAUAGAGCUUUUAGUGGAGGCGACUGUACAGUAUGCCAAGUGAUAACACUGUAAAGCACUUAGCAGGGUGUAAGGACUACUGUGACUGGAGAUGGGUGCUAUUGUAUGUAGAGUAGUUAGAAAGUUCCAUCUAAGCUGCCUUCAAAUUCUAUCCUGUUGUUUCUCAUGCCUUGUAUUCAGUACACUCAGAUAUUUUCCUAUGCUUAAGAUCUUCUCCUUUGUUGUAUUUAAUGUCUUUCUCAUCUGUUUCUAAUGCAUGCUGCCUAAAGCCUUGGGUUCUUCAUUCAUCUCAAGUGGUUUUCUUUCUACCCUCCAGUUCCCUUUUCUAUUUUCUAUAAGGUUAUUACAUCUGCCCACAGAAACCAAAACUCUAUAGUGUCUUUAGCAUUACUUCCUAUAUAUCUUAAACACAAUGUGAGGUAGUGUUGUGUGAAACAUUACAUUAAGAGGUACUUAAUAUAGACACAACAUAUGUAUUAUAUCAUGCUGGUGUUUGGUAGCUUUUGCUUUCCUGCUUCUAGUAAAAAUUUAUCUUCAGUUUGAAUUUUCUGCUGUUCAUUAAAUGUAAAAUGUUAUAGGAUUUUCAACAAUCCUUAAAUGUUUAUCAUUCUUUACUCAGUAUGGAUUUCCUGAUGUGGAGUAGACUUUAAGACUUGAUUUAAGAGCCUGUCUCUUGCUAUGUUUAUAGGCUGUCUGGCUGGCUGCUGUGCAUUAUUUGAUGUUAAGGCGCAUAUGGUGACAUCCUCUUACCUUUGCAUACAGUGGAGAGAGGUGAAAGUCAUGACUAAGAGGGCACCAUAAAAGAUACAUUCCCAGCUUCAGUCUCGUGCUCAGUAUUGUGAUGUUCAUUAAAGUAUCAACUGUGUCUGAAGGUGUUCUCAGUGAUCUUCAUGAUGUUUUCAAAACCCACUGCUACUAACAUGGUCCACUUGUACAUUGCUUGACUCCUUGGGCCCUUUUAUAACUCUAUGAGGAUACUUCAUCUGCCACAGUAUCCAGGAUUCCAUAGUUCUCUAGUAUUACUUACCCUGAAUUUAUUUAAUAUAAAAUGAAAUAUAUUAUAGAAGUAUUAUAUCAAUAUAAGCUUAAGAUAGCCAGAAUUAAAAGUAUUCAUUAUGUAUUAUGCCGGCGUUUAGUAGUUUUGUUUUUGCAACUUUUAGUGACAUUUUCCAGCUACAGUGUUUUGGAGCAUAUGAUUAAUAAAAUAAAGUGACAUUCCCCUA